CCGUCUUCCACCCCGUCUCUCCGCAUCUACCCCCACGGCGUACUAGCCUAUAGCUCUCCUAGUCCCCAGCAUUCGCGCCGCUGGGCCUCCGGACCUCCCCGACAUGGCAUCCUCCAUAUACUUCCCGCAGCGCGGAAACGGUCAUGCCGAAAAAGCGCGAACAGCCAACGGCCUCCCCUUGCACUCCUCCGCCGUGCGCGAAAAGUGGCAGCGUCAUCACUACUCCUCGUCCUGGCUCAUCCCCAUAUCUCUACCUAUCCCGGGCGUCCGCACACGUCGCUUGCGCCUGAUGCUGCCAAACGUUCCCAAGCUGCACCAGACCACUACCACGCGCUUUGGCAGGAGGAGAGGCAGGUUGAUACUCGCAGCAGGCUUCCUCGCGUUCGUGUUCACAAUAGCGAUGAUGUUCUCGCUGCGGGAUCGUUUCGUGCCAGAGGACAGGAACUGGCCGGCGUACCAAGAGCCGCCGACGCUCGUUUACAGACGCGAGGAUCUCCAGCGAAUAUGGGAGUGGGAGGUCGCUGCUGGACACUACCCGAGCGCGCACAAAAUCCCGGAAACCAUUGGACUGACCGCUCCGCCCAUCAACCCUGCGCUGCCGCCCAGGAAGACGUCGACCAUCCCCUCUCGCUUCCGCCCACCAUCGGUGUCGAACACCAUCGGUAUCGGUGCUAAGCGUGUGUAUCUCGACAUCCAGAGCAAGCCCCCCAAUGUCGCGUAUCCCCCGCGUCCGUUACCGGGCAGCGUGGCGGACAUGGACGUGGUCAUGGAACACUGCGACUUCUCUCAGAACAAGUAUGUCCGGGAUUGUCUUGAGGUGCUACGGCUCGGCGGAGGGCUCGACAAUGGUGCUCGCGUGCGGAGAGGGAAAAUGGACGAAUGGAAGUAUAUCUACGUCGAGGACGGCGAGCUCCAGAACAGCUCGCAGACCGUCCCGCAGGUGAACCCCGCGCUCGCGCUCAAGAGCCAGGGCCUCGCCGACCCGAACGCAGGCUUCACGAAGAAGCGCAACGCUGACUGGGAGCCGCACGUACACUUCCCCCCGCCGCCGAAGUAUAUUCCGCAUCACGACCGCCCGGUAUCCUGCGACGAGAAUCCGCACCUGUUCCACAUGUUCUGGACGGGCCCGUUCACGGACAAGCCUUAUCUCGCCCUGCUGUCGUUCCUCUACACUCAGAACGUCGGUUUGCACCUCGACACCGAGCACGACGAUCCCACCAUCUGCCGGCCUAAGUUCUGGCUAUGGAUCAACCCUGGGCCUGCCGCGUCUGUCCCCAAUCCGACCGCGGUGCGUGACAUGUUCGAACAGCUGAAGUCGAACCCUUGGGCAUCUCCGUUCCUGCAUCCGCGGUUCAAGGACGUGAUUCAGUUCAAGCUGUGGAACACGACUGAGCAACUGGACGGCAUACCGGAGCUGAAGGAUGAGUGGCGCGACAUGCGGGACAUGCUGUUCAAUUCGGGCGGUGUCGUGGAAAAGGUGCCCCAGCAGAAGGAGAGUUUGUCGUCCGAAAGCGGCGAUGGAACGAACACGUCCCAGGUGGCUGGCACGAAGACGACGGAGGACGACGACAAGGUGAACCGCGUGGGCUCCAAGUCGCCCUCGUCGUACGACCGCCUGUCCGUUAUCCUAUCGGAUAUGGCGCGGUUCGUCCUGUGCCACCGUUUUGGGGGCAUCUACCUCGACGCAGACACGAUCCUCCUGCGCGACUGGGAAGAGCUCUGGGGAUGGAAGGGCGCGUUCGCGUACCGGUGGUCGCGUCUGGAGAGAUACAACACUGCGGUCCUGAAGCUGAACAGGGGCUCGGCGCUUGGCACGUUCUUGUUCCGCACCGCGCUCAAGAACGGCCUCGACUUCCAUCCGAUGACGGUGUCGCGGUACACGAAGGAUGCUGCGCUCGAGCCACUGUUACUGCGCCUACCCGACGCGCUGUUCGACUCGGCGUGGUUGAACACGGAGGACUAUCAACGCGAGCGCCCGCCGCAGCCGUACUUCACUGAAUUCGGUGAUUUCUUCUUCACUCCUCGUGAUAAGAGCGCAGCGCCGCACGCGCUUGGUUUCAACGGCUUCUUCAAGGGCGCGUAUUCGUACCACUUCCACAACUUUUGGUGGCAGCCUUUCGAUGCUACUAGGAAUUGGCCGGACCUCGGACCUCGCUUCAUCAAUGGCGAGAGGAUAGCGCGUGCCCAGGCGGGUGCAAACCAGGCUCAGACACAGACUGAGCGGGCUGAGUUUCCUGAGGACCUCGUGGCGGAUGACAAGCGGGAUCUUGACUGGUCGACGGUCCUGAAGCGGACGUUCGAGGCGUACGUUCGCGGGGAGACCCCGAAUAUGUACGGCGAGUGGAUCAAGUGGUGAAUAACACCUCUGUCUCCCUUUUGCUUGGUGUAAUACUUGUUCCCUCUGCCUUACCUCACUUUGUUUACUUUUCCGCGCGGUGUAGUAUAUACCUCCUCCACUACAGCGACUAGACCCCGACCUACAACAACAGCCCGACUUGAGGUGCCUGUGUUGGCUGUUCAUCCUUGACCGUGCUAUCACCCAUCCUACCUAGCUCUUACUUCAUAGACCGACCCGGUGUAAUGCCCAUUCCCCUGACUUAUUCAUACAUGCUCGCUCCGCCGUUCAUUCCUGUGUAGUUGGGUUAUAGCGUGUCACACGACGGCUAGGGUCAUGACUCUCUAAAGCAUACAACUCUUUCUUAUCCACACAUGCACACAUGUAGUCGGUCACCAUUGUUUUCUCGAAAACUAUACCC